AUGAUAUUCUUGUGGCUAGUAUUGUUGAUUAUCACGCAACUUUUGUGCAGAUCAAGCGGGCUUUCGUCCAAUUCCCCGACUAAACCCACAUUUUACAGGCCCCAAAAUUCCGGUCAGCAGUUAGGAUACGAGCAGCAUCACAGAAAGCCAUCGGGAAAUUCAGUCCAACCGCCAUUCCCGUCUACUCCUGGCCUGUCUAGUGUCUAUGCUUACGGGGACCCCGAAUUAAUGGCGCUCCGUCGGGGUCAGCCGGAUCCUGCUAUGAGCUACACACAGACUAGACCAGAUGUUGUACCUCCACACAUGCAACCCUCUCGAGUAGUCCAACCUCCUAUGAGGAACGACGCUUUUGGGAGUCGAGAAAACACCACUGCCGCAACCACCACGCCCACCACCACCAGUCCUUCCAUAAGGGAUCAAAUCGUUCAAAUGAUUCUAUCAAAAUACCGGAGCUAUGAACGUCCACCGGAGGGCGGCAAUGCCACUGUAGUCACUGUGAACAUGAAGGUGUUGGCCAUUUUCUCCAUCGAUGUCCGCACAAUGGAUUACAAUGUAGAUGCGCUUUUGCGUCAGACUUGGCGGGAUCGUCGCUUGUCAUGGGAGGAAGUUCCGGCGUUUCGGAACUACACCGAAAAUUUGGUCUCACCCAAAUUGAAAGAACAGCUCUGGUUGCCCGACUUGUUUUUCCGCAACGGCAAAGAUGGAUACCUUCACAAAUUAACUCUGCCAAAUUACUUGCUCCGUGUUGCACCCAAUGGGAAUGUACUAUAUAGUCAAAAGAUUACCAUGCGAUUUUCCUGUCAAAUGCAUUUGCAAACAUUUCCUAUGGACACUCAACGUUGCCACAUGAAUUUCGGAAGCUACGGUUACACUUUGAAUGAACUGAAAUUUGUUUGGAGCGCAGACAACCCCAUGGAAAUUUCCAGCAAUCUGCAGUUAUCCGAAUUCGAAACGCCCGAGGCGUUUGAGGCAGAGGAUUGUUCGGCCAACUAUUCCACUUCAACCGGUCAGUACACCUGUUUGCUCGCCACAUUUGAACUUCAGCGCCAACUGGGAUCCUAUUUGGUCACCACAUAUGUGCCAAACAUCCUCAUUAUCAUGGUCUCUUGGCUUAGCUUUUGGGUCAAUGUGGACUCUGCUCCUGCACGAGUGCCUCUCGGGUUACUCAGCCUGCUUGGUAUUCUCACACAAGCCAUCAGCGUUUCCUCCACACUCCCUCGCGUGUCUUACAUCAAGGCAACCGAUGUCUGGAUGAUAUUCUCCAUUAUAUUUGUUAUUGGCGUUCUAGUUGAAUACGCGGUCGCACUGACGGUGCUACGACGCAAACAAUCGGAAUCUUGGCACGAAGACGUUCGGUCCAUCGUGCACGAAGAACUGACACGUUGGUGUGCAGUGUGUCAACAGCAACAGCUGUCACAGCUACAAAAUGCUCAAGGCCUUUCUCGUGGUCAGUUAGAGUUUUGUGAAGAAAUGGAAUUGUUGCUCACCAGCCAAAUGAUUGAUGACCACAAGGACAAAUCGAAGCCUCGUCGGCCACCCGGAUUGGUCGAGUCGGAGAUCGACCAUUACAGCCGUUUUCUGUUUCCGGCAUGCUACAUUCUGUACAAUUGUUUCUACUGGAUUUAUUACUUGGUGAUUGUGAACCAAUCUUGA